AUGGCAGCUCAGAACUGCCGGAAUGAAAAAUUCCAGGAAAACAUUACUGCGCUCCGUGGCGCGGGGAGAUGCCGCGCUCCACGCGAGCGACAGCGGGAGAACCGCGAUGCCGGGCUGGCCGGGCUGCAGCGCUCCCCCGGCACGGCCGCCGCACCCUGCUCCGGCCCUCCGGGCUCUCCCAGGGCCGCCGGCGGGACAGCGCGCCUGGGGCUCAGCGGGGAUUUCCUCAGCCACCGCGGCACCGGGGCCAGCGCGGAGGUCACCGGCAGCCGGGGCAGUGCUGCGCCGUGCCCGUGCCGUGCUGUGCCUGUGCCGUGCGCUCCCGCCGCUCCGCCGCUGCCGGCUCCGGCGGGGAAACUGGUGUUGGUCAGCGUACACAAAUCCCUUGUCUGCCUCAGCUACUGCGUGUGUGAACCUUCAUGGUCCAUUGCUACCAUAGCUGGAACUGCUGAGAUCUCCAGUGCCUUGGCUACUACUGACCACUUUGGUUCUCACACCCUAACAUUCCAUGGACUUUCUGACAACAGGUUGAAGACUGCCCUUGAAAUUUUAUUGUCUUCUGAAAGAAAACAUCACUUGACUCAUAGCAUAUUCAGAACAACAAAAAUUCACAAUACAGGUCUCCAACACUGUCAUACUGAAAGUAGCUUCAAGAUGGACAAGAUCUCAUCUGCAAUACUAUGGGUCUAUUACUACACAAUUUAUUUACACUAAUGUUUUAUGAGAUGACCAAGCAAUCCCUUUUUCUGGACCCUGGGCUAGGUUUCCUUUUGUCAGUCAAUGAUAUUCCAAAUCAGUGAUGCAUGCAGUUCAGCAUAACUUAAUCAAUGUUUGUUUUGAAGUAAGUUUUUAAAGUAACUGAAAAAGUAUGUUUAUCCUCCAUUAUUACCAGAUGUAUACUGGCAGAAAAAGCAGAGAAAUGCAGUAACACAGUCUUCAUUUGAACUGGUAUUAGGCAUGCUAAUUGGACCCUUUUCUUUACAGCAUGUGCACAUGUGCAUGCAAGGGAGCAUGUGUAGACCCUCUCUAGAUGCAUACUCAGAGUCCAGCAGCUUAUUACCUUGGCACUUUCCAUCACUGCAUGAUGUCAUGUGUGCCUGCUGCUAAGUCAUUUUAUUUGCAGCAAGUCAUGGUAGCGCUUUGUCUUGCAUUUCACUGUGAAAGCUGUAACCUUAUCGAAACCCCCAUCCUUCCAGACAUCCAGACAGCCUAUUUGCAGCUGGGUCUUUUCAGCAGGGGCCUGCUAACUUCAUUUGCUAUUGUCUGCUUUUACAGAAGUGGUGGACUGUAGCCUCAUUGACAGAUCAUUUUUUUCAUUAUCAGCAUAUGCUGAUAUUGAAUACUUACUAUUCCCUCUUCUUGUCCAUUUUCUGCUUAUUGUCAAAGGAGCUAAAGUGUUUUGUGGAAAGCCCAGCUUCCCAAGUCAAUUUUGCAUGGCAAAAAGAACAUCACAGAAAGAACU